GACUGCGCAGGGCGCUUUAAGACGGCCCGCUGCAACAAAAAAUUACGAAAAUUUGCGGACAGUAUCCUAUCAACUCAAUUGAGGACCGCUGUGGUUGGGCGCGCUGUGCAGCGCGGAAGCCUGAGGCCACAGCAGGCCGCGGCGCCGAUGGCGCAGGCCAUAGACAUCGACGUCGACGACGCGAAUCGCCUCCCGACGCACUGGCUCCACGCCGCCUACGCCGGCGCCGACGCGCCCGCGCUGAUCGCCGCGCGCAAGGCCGAGGUCGCGGGCCUCUUCCUGGGCGACGCCACGGAGCGGGGCGUGCGGGACGCGUGCGCGCGCGGCGACCAGGCCUACGUCGCGCGGGCCUGCGGCACGCUCAAGUCGCUCGGCGACCUGCGCGUGCCCAUCUCGGCGCGGGAGCGGUGCGACUGGGCGCGCGCGUGCGUCGACGGCGCGAACGUGGCGGACGCGCCCGUGGCGUCGUCGGAGCGCCUGUACGACAUGGCCGGGCGGCUGCUGACGGCGCCGACGACGGGCGCCGAGGUCGAGCUGCGCGCGAUACCGAACCUGCCGAGCUUCGCCGACACCCUGCGGCGGACGCUCGCCGCGCUCGACGCGGCGCCAGACGUGGCGAACCGCGAGCGGCUCUCGGCGAGGAGAAGGGCUUUAGCCACGCUCGCGUGCAACCAGCGGCGCCUGAGCACGUGGGGCGACGCGGAGGUGUCGGAGAUCUGCGCCGAGCUGGAGGCGACGAUAUCCCAACUCGGCCCCAAGGCCCAGGAUUCGCUCGCCGCGUUGCUGGCGCUGAAGAUCGCCGCGCCGACGCCGAACGAACGGAGCCCGCUGCCGCCCGGUGCCGCGGAGCGGUGGUGCCGGCGCUGGGAGGAGUGGUCCCGCGACGGCGGAAGCGUCGAGGCCGACGCCGUCUGGCUCACGCUGCUCUGCCGCGCGCGCAAGGACCCCGCGCAAGCGGCGGUCCUGCGGCGGCCGCCGGUCGCGACGCGCAUCAUCGCGGAGUUGAUCCGGGCGGCGCAGGCCGGCGUGGGCGCGGCCCGCGGCGCGACGCCGCGCUACGCGCGGGCGGCGGCGGGGCGCUACCGGUGGCUCGCCUACGCGGGCUGCGACGCGCCCGCGGAGCGGUGCCUGCGCAAGCUCGCGAAGCUGGCGCUGUACCUCGUGUCGACGGAGGACGUCGGCCUCGAGCCCCUGGCGCGCGUCUGCGCGACGCUGCGGCCGCUCUACCACCCGUCGAACAGCGGCGCGUGGACGUCUCGACUCGCUUUGUUGCUGAGCGAGCUGAGCCGCGAGUGUGCCAAGGGCGCGGCGCGACGGCGGGCGGCGCUCAAGCUCCCGGCGGGGUCGCGGGGCGUCAACGGCUGCGUGUUCGAGGGCUCGUUGCCGUCCCGCGAGACGACGGUCAAGUUGGCCCAGUUACUGGCGCCGCUGGCGCGCGCGGCGUUGUACGCGCGACACGAGUCCAUGGUCUUGUCGGCCAUCGGCACGCUCCAGAACCUGAGCGAGGCGGCGCCCGAGGUCGUCGCCGACGCGAUCGUGCCCGCGUUAGGCGCGGCGUUGGAGGAGGGGUCCGUCCUCUGGGCGCACCAGGCGCCCGCGGCGCUGCGGUGCCUGGCGGCGUUGGUACGGCCCCUGUUCUUGCGAAGGCGUUUUCUGGAGGACGUCGAGCUGCACGUGGCGGACUCGGAGCGGUUCUGCCGCGAGGCCUUCUUCGACGGGCGGCCGAAGCCGGGUUGUCGUAAUGACGGGAGCAUCGUAUUGAUGGACCCGGCGGACGCAAUCAAUGCGCCCCUCGCCGGCCUGCUUCCGAACUUAUUGCAAGCGGCCUUGGACGCCGUCGACCCGAACGACGACGCGAAGACGCGCUGCGCCUUUUUAUUCGUGGACUGCGUGUUGCGGUGGCUCCCGCUGCGGGAUGAUGAUGAUACGCCCUUCGAGAACGCCGCGCUGGACGACGUCGCGCUGCGGUUGGGCCGGGACUGGGCGCCGCGGUUUUUGGAUAGGGUCUUCGCGGUCGUGGACGCGCGCGACGAGAAGGCGCACGUGCCGAACCAGGGCGCGGGCCGGCGCCACAACGCCGUGCUCAACCAGCGCGAGGAUGCGUCGGCCGGUUUAUUAAGGACCGUCGCGCGGCGGCUGCUCGCGAGGAUGGCGCCUCGCUUACGCGCGGCAUCCCAAAAACGCAUCGGCGCCUACGCGCUGAACGCCGAGAGCGUCGCGGCGAAGGACGCCGCGGGGCUCUGCGCGGCGGCCGUCGACUGCGACCCGGCCUGCACCACGGCGGCAACAACAAGACUCGUGGAGACGCUGUUCCAGCGAUGCCUGGAAGCGCUCAAGGACGGGGACCGCAUGCGCGCGGCGCUGGCCGUGCGCUGCGUCGGCGGCGCGUGCCGGCGGCUGGCGCCGACGCAGGUCGCGCGGCGGCUGGCCGAUAUUGAGACGAUGCUGGACAUGAGCCUCGCGCACGGCGACAAGGUCGUCCGACGGUGCGGCCGGAAGUUGCUCCGAGACGCGCUGCGGGGCCUCGUCGAGACGCGGUGCGCCACGGCGGGCGUCCGCGACUGGCCCGCGAGCGGGUUCGGCGACGUCGAGGACGCGGCCGUCGCGUGGCGCGGGCCGCCGGCGGGCGACGACCUGGAGCGGACGGCCGCGGCCGUCGCCGGCCUCAUCCGGCGGCGCGCGCAGGAGCCGCUCCAGAAGCUGAUUAAGGAGGGCGGCAACCGGCGCGCGUGGCUCGACGGACUGAGACAGUUCGCGCGCGGCGCGCGCGGCGCGUCGGCGGCGCUGACGGACGGCACGGAGCCGCUCGAGGUGCUUGGGGACGCCGCGUCGCCGCUGAGCAUGCGGGCGCGGGGCGUCGACGCCGUGACGGCCGCGCUGGGCGCCGGGAACCGCAUCGUUUUAACCGAACUCCUGACGGCGGCCAUGGCGACCAUCUCCAGGGACGACAAGCUCGCCCGGGACGCCAAGGUGCUGCGGGCGGCGGCGAAGGCGGCGCGCGUCUUAUUGUGUCUGCGGCGAAGCGCGCACAUGGGCCGGAGCGCCCAGGUGCUGGCGAGCGUGCGGGCCUGGCGGCGCCACGGCACGACGGACAUCAUGGCCGACUACGAGCUGAGCCUCGUCGUCGGCGACGACGAGCGCAUGCGGCGGCUGUACGCGCGGCGUGGCGCGGACGACGCGGCCGAGCGGGCCGCGGCGCACCACCUCGCCUGGUGCCUGCGGAGCGCGCGCAACGACGCGGCCGUCCUCAAGGAGGGCGGCCGCGCCGCGGAGGCCCACGACCAAUUAAUAGGAGCCGUCGUCCGGUUGACGGCGCACGACUACACGGACGUGCGGUCGGCGUGCAGCGAGGCCAUCGAGUGGUGCUGGUUCUACUACGCCUGGGCGCUCAAGCCGCGACUCGCGCCGGCGCUGCGGGAGAUCUCGGGCGAGCCGGGCGCGCUCUUCGCGUACAAGUACGAGGGCCCGCGGCCCGCGGCCAAGCGGUCGUCCGAGCUCUUCGCCGCCGUGGCCUUCGCCGGGAGCCGGCGCGCGCUGCGCCACGUCGCCGGCGACCCGGGCCUCGGCGAGCUCGUGUGCCGCGCCGUCUGCCGCAAGGAGCGGGGCGACCUGGACCAGAUCGACGACGACCAGAAGGACGACGUCGCGGCGCGCUUCGACGGGCUGUGGCUGUGGUACGCGCUGCGGUACUCGAUCCGGCCGUCGAACGCGGAGGCGCUCGUGGCCCUCGCGCGGCGCGGCGCGCAGGACGCGACGCUGCACUGGCGCCACCGCCUGGUCGCGGACGUGGUCCUGGGCCACGCGCUGGCGGCGCGUGAUCAGGACGACGGCGACGACGAGACCUGGCAGUACGUGGCCCAGGGCGCGACCGACCCCCAGGACGCGCCGACGCAGCGGGCGCGCCUGGCCGUCGCGCUGCGCUUCUCCGACCGCGCCGCGCGGGGCGGCGCGAACAAGGCGCCGCUGGCUCUCGUAACGCGCGUCUUCGCGGCCGACGGCACGGCGCUCGACCCGCUGCACGGGCUGCUGGACGCGUUGUGCCGGGAGCACCGGCGGGAGCGCGCGCGGGACCAGGAGAACGGGGCCAGCGCGCGCGACUCGCCCGUCGUCGAAGCUUUAUUGAAGCAGGCGCGCCACUCCGAGGGCUCGCGGCUCUUCCCCAAGGCCACGGCGCCCUACGCGUCGCGCGGCUUCCGGUCGCGCCACGCGCGCUUCGUCAAGCGCCUGUGUUUGGCGGCGGCCGAGGCCCUGGGCGGCGACCCCGCGGCGGCCGUGGCGACGGCGUCGACGCAGCUCUUCGACCGCGCGGCGCCGCCCGACCGGGGCGCGGCGGCGGCCGCGGCUGCGGAGGUCCUUUUUGCGGCGUCCUUCCGUACACCCUCCCGGUCAUCGUCCCCGCACAGGCCUGGGGCGGCGCGCUGCGAGCGGCGUUACGAGCGGACGCCGACGCGACGGACCCGUUCGUCGAGCCGCUGCGGCGCGCGCUGCGCCUCCUGUCGCCGGACCACGCGACGGCCUGGGCCGACGCGCUGCGCUACGCCAUCGCCGGGAAGCGCGCGGGGGCCUUUGCCCGCUCGCGGCUCUGCCAGGCGGUCCAGGGCGAAUGGCGGCGGCGCCUCGACUUCGGCGCGCCGCCGCCGCCGGCCCUGCCGUCGUCGGCGCCGCCGCCGGCGCCGGCCGCGGCGCCGAACGGGAGCUCGUCCGGCAGUUCCUGGGCCCUCGCGGCCAAGUGGCUCGUCGUGGCGCCGGCCGUGCUCGCGGAGUUGGGGGACAGCCGCGACGACGCGGCCCGGCGCGCGGCCGUCGCCGUCGCCGACGGGCUGCGCGCGCCGCUGCUGGACGCGGCGGGGCACAACUUCCAGGCCGUGCGCGACCGCAUUGGCCAGAGCCUGGCCGCGUGUUACGCCGUGGGGCGCCGCGUCCUUUUUUGCUUCUUCUUUUUACGCCCCGUGCGGCACGUCCCGCCUCCGCGCCGUCGGCGCGACGCUGUUCGACUCACACAGGUCCGGGAGGCGCCCGAGGACGUCCAGCGCCUCGCGGCGAUGCUCGACGACGCCGACGAGGACGCGAAGCGGAGGAAACGGGAGACGGCCUACGGCUUGCUGCGGCACGCGUCGCGCGCGGGCAAGGUGUCCAUCGUCGCGCCGCUGGUCGACGCGGCCAUCGACGGCUGCGCCGACGCGAAGCAGGACCACCAGGCCCUGGCGGCUCAGAGCGUCGGGACGCUCAUGGCCUCGCCCGCGCUGCGCUUGGACGCGGCGAGUACGUUAGGCGACCGCCUGAUGCGGGGCGCGUCGCACGCCAAGUGGCGGUCGCGCCGCGCGGCCGCCGCCGCGCUAGGCGCCUACGCCGCCGCGCGGGCCUGUCUGGGCGACGCGGCCGAGUGCACCAAGGUCGCCCAGGCGCUGAGUGCCUUGCUCGGCGACGACACGUCGGAGGUGCGCGACGCCGCGACCGGCUCGUUCAGCGUCAUGGCGGUCAUUGCCGCGCCUGCGCAAAGGGACGCGUUCUGCCAGGCGCAGCUCGACCGGGCGAAGGCGGCGCUGCCCAUACGGCGCCCGCCGAAGCGCAAGAAGACCGCGGUCGUCGACGUCUCGGGCGCGCAGCGGCUCGGCGCCGUCACGGCGCUCGGGGCGUGCGUCCUGGCCUAUCCGUACGACGUGCCGGCGCACGUCCCCGCGUCGCUCGUGGCGCUGGCCCGCCACUCCCACACAACCUCGUCGUCGAACGGCGGCGCGCGGCACGCGGCGGCCGUGCGCGAGGCCGUCCGGGCGACGUUCGCCGAGUUCAAGCGGACGCACGCGGAGACGUGGGACUUCGUGCGGCCGCUCUUCUCGUCGGAGGAGCUCGACGCGCUCGCGGACAUUCUGUCGGCGGGGGACUAUCUUGUGUAGUACUAAUACAUUCGGUCGGUU